AGCCAAUCAAGAAUUUCUUUCUUCCACUGAAUGGAAGAUUUUAAAAAGGGGAAUGAAUUCAACUUUGAUUGGAUUCUCUGUAACUUGGAAAAGAAUGGGUUUGGAAUUUGUGAAUAAAUUUUAACUUUACACUACAUACUCAAAUAUUCAAAGGGUACUAUACAAGAACAGAUUACAAAAAUGGAAAAGAAGAAACUUUUUUUUGGAGAAAAACUGUCAUGUGAUUCCUUCACAAAUCACAAUCGUCUUUCCAUUUGAGAAAUGGCCAAAUAAUGCAUAUUGGGUUUUGAGAAUUCGAGGCUUUUGACGGUUGCUUAGCUUAUUAGCUCAUUUUUCUCUCCCAAAACUAGCAGAUCCAUUGCUCAUUUAUUAACUACUACAGCUCUUACUCCUGUUCAUUAUUUUAUUAAAUACUAAGAAGAAAACAAAAGGCCAACAAUACCAUAAAGCAAAGAUUUCUGAAAUGCGUAGAAACAAGGGAACUUCAAACAGUCCCUGAACUAGAAGAAGUAGAACGAAAACCCCAUCAAUGGAUUUGCAGUUUUUUUGCAGAGUAUUCUUAAUUACAGCCCUGAUUUCACUUGUCUGUCAAGUAUGCUCUGUUACAGCCGGUGAUAUAGUGCACGACGAUGAUUUAGCUCCAAAGAAGCCCGGUUGUGAGAACGAUUUCGUUCUGGUCAAAGUUCAAACUUGGAUUGAUGGCAUAGAGGAUGCCGAGUUUGUCGGUGUAGGUGCCAGAUUUGGUACUACUAUAGUGUCGAAGGAGAAAAAUGCAAAUCAAAGACGCCUCAUUCUUUCUGACCCUCGCGAUUGUUGUAGUGCCCCAAAGAAUAAGCUUGCUAAUGAUGUCAUUAUGGUGGACCGAGGUCACUGCAAAUUCACAACCAAGGCAAACUAUGCACAGGCAGCUCAUGCUUCAGCUAUUCUCAUUAUAAAUAACCAAAAGGAACUCUACAAGAUGGUAUGUGAACCUGAUGAAACUGAUCUAGAUAUACAUAUACCUGCUGUCAUGCUCCCACAAGAUGCUGGUACAAGCUUGGAGAAAAUGCUGAUUAGUAAUUCAUCAGUGUCUGUACAGCUUUACUCUCCGACACGACCGCUAGUUGACAUAGCUGAAGUGUUUUUAUGGUUGAUGGCUGUUGGUACCAUAUUGUGUGCUUCAUAUUGGUCCGCAUGGAGUGCAAGAGAAGCCGCAAUUGAGCAGGACAAACUAUUAAAGGAUGCCUUGGAUGAAAUUCCAGACACCAGACCUGUAGGUUCUGGUGGAAUUGUGGACAUCAACACUACAUCAGCCAUCUUAUUUGUUUUUGUUGCUUCUUGCUUCUUGGUUAUGCUUUACAAACUUAUGUCAUAUUGGUUUGUUGAGCUCUUGGUGGUUCUUUUCUGCAUAGGUGGUGUGGAGGGCCUUCAAACUUGCUCGGUUGCUUUACUGUCAAGGUGGUUCAAGCGUGCUGGAAAAUCAUACAUUAAAGUGCCUUUCUUUGGAACUCUCUCAUACCUUACAUUGGCAGUUUCCCCUUUCUGCAUAGCAUUUGCUGUUGUUUGGGCUGUUUACCGCAAUGUUUCCUUUGCUUGGAUAGGUCAAGAUAUACUAGGAAUUGCUCUUAUAAUCACAGUUCUGCAAAUUGUCCAUGUACCUAAUCUCAAGGUGGGAACAGUUCUACUCAGUUGUGCCUUCUUAUAUGACAUCUUUUGGGUGUUUGUUUCAAAAAAGUUGUUCCAUGAAAGCGUGAUGAUUGUGGUAGCUCGUGGGGAUAGAAGCGGAGAGGAUGGCAUCCCAAUGCUACUGAAGAUCCCACGCAUGUUUGAUCCAUGGGGCGGUUAUAGCAUAAUAGGAUUUGGUGACAUCCUUUUACCUGGCCUGUUGAUAACAUUUUCACUCAGGUAUGAUUGGCUGGCUAACAAGACUCUUCGAGCUGGCUACUUUUUGUGGGCAAUGAUUGCUUAUGGCUUAGGUCUUCUCAUUACAUAUGUGGCUCUAAAUUUAAUGGAUGGACAUGGUCAACCAGCACUCCUUUACAUUGUCCCUUUUACACUAGGAACCUUUUUAACCCUAGGAAAAAAGAGACGUGAUCUAAGAGUUCUCUGGACAAGAGGAGAACCAGAAAGACCCUGUCCCCAUAUUCGACUUGAACACCAACAUCGUGAAGAGCUGGACGACAACGACCAUUAGUAAGACCCAUUCUCUGUAAUUUAUAUUGUAGAAAUUGUUGUGUGGCUGAGGCUGUUCAUUUGGAAACUUACUUUAGCUCUAGCAUAAAUCUUGAUGACCUUUGAAGACAAGACAAGGUAUGUUAUCAAUUAACAAUAGUAUGUAUCAUUCAAAAAAAAAAAGACAAAAGAAAGUGUGCAUUGAUAAGCUUCAAAGAA